CUUUAAAUAAAGCGAUUCAAUUGGUUCGUUACAUAUAUAGUAUAGUGAAUUUAAUGAAAAUUAUUAGUUUUGUUUUCGGAUGUCGUUUCUCUUAGGAGAUGGAGUAAAUAACAAUUUAGCAACAGCUAAGUACAAAAUUAUUUUAAUCGAAAGAGAUCUCCAAAUGAGUUUUGUUGCAAUAAUCAUUAUUUUGAACAUUGUUUAAACACAGAAUACCAAUGAGAGUUAACCAAUACCCAACAGCACGGCAGAUGAAGACUGGGUUAACAAUGACAUUCGGAAUCAAGUCACAAUGGAAAAAUUCUCACCUUAGCAUUAUUAUGUGCAAAAACAGUACAAAACGUUAACAAUAAAACACCCGACUUCAUGAUUUCAUGUUAGAAACUUUGUUUUUACAUUAAAAUAUUUUAUGUUUAUCAUAAAACCGUAUCACCAGCUUACAAUAACACAUCAAAUUAAAUUAAUACAAUAUAUACUUUCUAGAAUUGUUUAAAUAAACAAAUGUUUUCAACAAUAUGUAACGUAGCUUUCUCGAUGAAUAAAAUGUUAUUUUUGUACUUCGUCUUCGGGUUUUUAUUCUUUUCGAAUGCUGAAGCCCACAGUUUGAAUAAAAUUGAAAACGAUGCCGAUUUGCAGUCAGCGUUGAUGCCACAGGAGCUGAAUCCAGCCUUCUUCUCUGAAAAGGGCAAUCUAUUCCAGGAUGCUCCAUGGCGUGCUGUGUUCCCAAUAGUGGGCAGACAGCGGCGCGACAUCGAGGUGGUGGCUGACGCGCCAACUCCUGCCGUCACCGUCUCGCAAAACCUGAAGCUGUACAGCCGUAUGGCUACGUGCAUUGCGCUAGCUAUCGCCGCAAUUGUCGAGAUAAUAUUGUAUGUCGUCGAGUUUUAUACUGUGUCUUGAAUAAAUGAGUGAAGGUUUAUGGUGAUUUAUUUGGAAUUGUCGAAACUGGAGUAUUUGUAAUGUAACGAUUUGAAGUAAGAGUAUCUGCUGUGUCCUCAUGGCUAUGAAGAUAUAAGAUACGAUUUUUAAAUGGGAUAUUUAUAUUUAGAGUGCACGCAUUUACUGCCCGUUUUUGUAACAUAUUUCCUUACUGCUCUACUCUGAUGACUCAUAGAGUUAUCAAAAUACUAUGAUUAAUAAAGAUUAUUAAGAUUUUGGAAAAGGUAACAUGUUACUUUUAAUCCAAUGUAAUUUACUGUCAGUCUAUAAGCUUCUUUUAACUGUUCACAAAGGGUUAUUAUGGAAG